UGCUGGGAGUUGAUCUAUAAAAGGCGGACCCCGAACAUACCAGACCCUGGCUGCGCUCAUCAGUUCACCAAUCGCGCACUGCCCCCGUGGCUCAUUCUUCAGAUUCUGCAGAAACGACUGAAGCGACCUUUCCAAGAUAAUGCAUUUCACCACUCUCCUCUUGACCCUGGCCAGCCUGGGCCUUGGAGUCCACGGCCAAGGCUCCUGCCAAACCAGCACAGUCAAUAGCGCCGCCUGCGGCAGCUAUCCCAACGGCUGUCCGGGGAGCACGUUCCUUUCUGCGAAAGGCAACUGCCGGGAACAGUUCGGGCUCGUCGACGGAUCCAACUGCUGCUGCGACUGUCCCGGCGACGAGGAACGUCACCACUGCCUGAUCUCCUUUGUCGGGUCAAUCGGCGACAUCUACAACAAGGAGCCCAAGAACUUGAUCGGCUUCUGCCAGGACCAAGUGCACUAUUUCGCGGGCAAUCCGGCGGAGCUCUUCUCGGAAGCGGACUGCAAGGGCGUCCAGGAGAGAAUCGUCAAAGACAUGAAUGAUUACUACGAUAAGAAGAACCCCAACGCCAAGUACACGCCGUUCGGCCACACAGAGAGUGUCCCGAAGAAGGGCACCUACUUCACCGCUGUGAAGCCGAAGGGCGAGACGGGCAAAAACAGCGAUGGCGAGAAGUAUUGGGCCCUGAAGAUCAAGGUCGCAAUCGAGUCGUCGAGUGCUGGAAAGGACAUCAAUAAGGUCUGUCCCAUUGCGAAGGGCAUGUCUACUUCCCGACCUGCGCAGUGCCUCCUUGAGAAGCUCAAUGUCUGCGAGCAUGCUUUUGGCGGCGUGUUCCAUGGCUCUUCUACCUUUGGUGGCUACAAGCCCAAGAACGGGGUUGAAAAGGAGCCCAAGUGGGCUCACGGUCAGGGAUAAGGGGCAUUUUCUUCGUGUUCUCUGUUGGUCCGGACGAUUCGCUACGGAAUUCGGUCUGGUUUGGCUCUCCUGCUAGGCAGGGUUUAUCUGGUUUCAACUUGGCG